AUGACGUCUUCCUCCUCCUCUUCCAACCUACAUCCCAACUCGAACCCCAAUAUCGCCCUCCAUUUAACAGAUUCAUCACUUACCCCGCUGCUCUCAACUUCCUCAUCGUCCACUUCCUCCACCUCCCGAGCUAAUCCCGCCCAAAUUCAAUCUCUCACUGCCCUAACAUCCACCGCCCUCUCUGCCUACAAUUCUUCUGUGCAUUUAAAGCUCGGGACCCCGCAACGCAUAAUCGUCGAGACCGCCCCCUCGGGUCCCAUUCUUCUCCAUUCCUUUAUUGCCCCUACAUCAUCGGCCGCUCAGUCAACUUCCGGUCGACAUCGUAGCCGACCUAUACAUAACCACGCAUAUGGCGCUCGAAUGAAUGGGUUAGAAAACAUUAAUGGAGGAUCGAGCAUACGAGGUUUAGAAAUCAUAUCUGCGGCCCGAGAAGAUAUGCGACCGUUGAGUGGUACAACUGAGGGGAGCCAUUCCGAACAAGAACAUCAUGAUGUGAAGGAUGAGGGAGUUCAGGCUCCUUUAUUGGUGGGAACGGUUGUGGCUAGAUCGGCAGAGCAAAUAGGGGAGGCAAGGAGGGCGGCACACAGGAUUGAGAUUGUUGCGCACGGGUUUCAAAAUGAGUUGAUGAAAGAUACGGCAGAAGUAAAGAAGGAAGAAGAGGACGAGGAUACAGCUGGGGAUGGUUGA